CUGUAUCAACAAAAUAAAAAGGUGAAGGAUGACAAUGACCAAAAAGGAAAAGAAAAGUCAUAUAUGUAUAGUACUAUAUGUAUAGUCAUACAUGUGCGUAGUAAAAUGGACGAACGAAAAAGGAAUAUCACUUGAAAAAGGAAAACGAAAGGAAAUAUAUAUAUAUAUGUAACUGUGAAGGCUGAAAGCCUGUAACACUGUCCGUAACUCGGUAACUCACAUAACAAAAUUCUGUUUGUUCUCUGCAUCAUAAAAGUUUGUUGGCAUAUGAUUUUGCACAUGUUCAAUAGCCUGUCUUAGCAGAAAAAACAAACUAGACUUUCCAUAUGCUAAAAUUUAAAAUCACAAUCAUAUAAAAAGAAUGUGUAUAAACGACUUUAAUUCAGAGCUAUACCAAAAAAAUAUAUCCUUGAAAAAAACUCACUUGGCAUUGCGACCAAUAUGGAAAACAUCGUAGUUGCACUUGGAAACCGAUUAUCCCGCAAAAUUGAGGUUCUUCCACAUAAAACAACGACCAAACUUGGCAAAACGAUACCAAAUCCAACUGGAUCAAUUUGAAGAUUACUACAAAAAUGCUUCAUCCACUCAUUAAUAUAAUCAGUUCGAUACAUUUUUGAUAGAUCAUAUCUGAUUCGAAUGGCUUCAUUGAAAUUCAUCAUGGUUUCAGCAUCCAGGUAACUUUGUGUGCUCUGUCGAAUGAGUAUAGGCAUAAGAAAAUCUAAUUUUUGACCAUUUGUCUCACUUUGUUAGCCGUGCUGCAUGUAAUCGUUGGCGCUCCCUUAAAUUACAUAUAAAGAAAAUGUUUCGAUUGUAAACGGCCUCUUUGUUAACUAAUUGUUAUCUAUAUGUUAGUCAAUGCCAUGCUUAUACUGUAGAAGAGAAUAAGCUCUUUGUGAAAUUUUUGGAAUGUCACAAGUACAUCAGCACCAUUCACAAGCAGUAUCAACCAGCAUCCCCCCUUUAGUACCACAGCCACUGUUACCGGUACAACGGCAGCAAUCGCAGGCAAUCAUGGAACAAGUCCAUAAGCCACUAGUGUGGAUGAUGCUAGUAGAAAGCUGGAAAUCAUCGUCGUGAAGUGAGUAUCAUUCUGGAUGUAAUAACAUGGCACCUUUUUGUUUCAAUUGAACAAACCUCGGGAACGCAUAACGGUAAAAGACAACGGUUUCAAAAUGGCACCACAUCAAAUUUCAAGUCAUACACAAACAUUACCAGCUACAUUCCAUCACCACCACCCACUCUCCCGCCACGUCAACCCAAAAUCAAUGCAUUACGGCCAACUGCAGUACCACUCAUGCAACUGGACUUAAAAGCGCGUCGAACGCAGCAACGAGCUCAGCAACAAAGUAGGUACAUAGAUACAAAUAAUAGAUUCAACUUCUUUUUAAAUAGGCAGCAUGACCCUUAUUAUGCAACACCACCAACAGCAGAUGCCGAGCAACAGAAUUAUAUGGCUCUCCUACCUCCACCACGAUAUACGACCGCAACCGCAAAACCAAAAAAACCAUACGCAAAACCAUACGCACAAUCAAAGAAUGUACAACAACAUGCAGCUCCACCACCGAUUAAUUUAGUUGACGAACCGCGGCAAAAGGGCUAUCCAGCACAGCGAUACUAA